CCAUGAUUUUGUUCAACGCGUCCCAUUAUGGAUUCCUCCCGAGUCAGAAGGUCAGAGAACAACGUUCAGCAAUAUACAAAUACAUCACAAAACAUCGAAGAACAUCCUAGUUUUGUGCAGAGCCACGGCUCAAUACAUGACCAAUCCCCAAGUGUGUUACAGCAGUGGGACAGGAUAUACAGGCAUUUUGAUUUCCGCGACUCGCUCCCCUUUCCCGGCCCCCCGACUAGUUACAACCCACGUCGUUGCCUGUAUCGAGAUGUUCCACCAUUGGUCGAGGCCCUCGAUUUUAGAUUUUUCGAUGACUUUAAAAUAGACCAAUUGUGUGCACUUCUAUCCGCUCUCCCUCUGUUACUGCCUACAUUUACAACUCUACACGACCUAAAUGCGACCAGGAAAUCGCAACAAUUCCUCCUAGAUUUCAUACCUAUAUACGAAUCACAAAUCAUCGACAUCAUCAUCGACAAAAUCAACGCCAAGAGAACCCAAGCCCAGGUAGAAUUCCAGGAACGGUUUGAUAGGCUCGGCCGUAAUGAGAUCAAGGCCAAAGAAACAGAUAAUGGUGAAUGGCGUAAAUACCUAGCCUCCGAGCUGACUCAGCAGGAUUUCCAUGUCACCAGGAACAACGUCUUGCAGUCACCAGCCUACAAAUGGCUUCUUAAUUCAAUAUCAAGAGGGGCCCAGCUGGAGGCCCCCUCUCAUAAUGCACAAACUAAAGUGCAAACGCGAAUUCUGCAAAGCUGUUUAAACCUCCCAUUUCCGACGAGUGACAGGGAACACCGCACGGAAUACAAUAUAGUGUUCCAAGCCCCUUGGAUUAUUAAAUUCUUCCAAAAGCAAGACUUUGAGGCUCCACCAUACGAAGUAAUCGAUAAUAUCGUUGUUUUAACCGGUGCUGUGAACCAGGCAUGGGCUUCGACUUGUCUACAAUAUGUACAGUUAGUCUGGCCGGAUAUCGGGACCCAAAUUCUCGAUCUUCAUAAAUCCUUACUCCGCCAAGGCUCUUCGGGUACUUGCCUCUACACCCUAUCGGACCACACUCUGCUGUCCGCUAUUGUUAGUCAAGAUUGUGCGUAUUACACAGUAACCAUAACGGGCUCCGCGGCUUCUAUCAUUGAUGUCAUCGAAGUGUUGGUUUGGUUCAGCACUUGUCUGAGCUCACCCAAAGCUAGCGAGGGCAUAAUUUGCCAAUACCCUUCUUGUAAAAUGAAUAUUCAGGCAAGAGUCUGCCAUGAGGGUAAUUUGGGAAUGUGUCAGCCUAUCUGCGUCAAGUACGUGCAUACGCCGGACGACCUAUCACAAACCGGGGAAUGCUGGACCAAUAUGUUCCAAAAUGAAGUUCUAGUCACGGGAUAUCCUACGCCACGACGUCCAUGUCGCAACAGCGGACUGGAAAUGCCGCUAAUUAUGAUGACGCAGCUGGUGAAUACCAAUAAGAUCAACUUCUUCUCUGAGCAUAUGCUCAUCAAGGGUUAUUCUACCAUCCUUGUACCAACGAGACGACAAGGAGGCUUUGUGUUUUGGCACAUGGUCUCCAAUGAGGAUGGAAGGUAUAUAUCAUAUGCGGAUGCCAGGGUGAAAGGGUUCUUCAACCAGUAUCCGAGAGGCCUAAGCGUUGAUGAUAUCGAAAGAUCCCGACAUAUACUUGGUUGGUGUACUGAAGUUACAAAUUACGCAGGCUCCCCUGAUGCUAACUAUGCUAUCAGCCGCUCCAGACUGGAAGAGCCUAGUGGCGGCUGUGUGUUCGACAGAAUUACGAUAUCUGCUGGGAUGUACGUUACUCCUAGCGCCUCUGCCACCAUCUUCAGAAAAGCGAAAAGUUUAGGCGCCGAGGCUCAAAAGGAUUACACCAUGCGCCUUAAACGAAUAUCGAAGCAGUUCGUGGCGUUGUAUGAUGCACAAGAAAGGAGGGCUUAUCUGGUCGAUGGUGCGAGCGCUUUACUACACCUAGUCCGUGCAUCCCUGAGGCACAGCCUAAACGACCCCUUCAAGUCUCUCUGCCUCUAUAAUGAAUCUUCUCUACACGAAUCAUCCACGCCCCAUACUGGCCAAGCAGCGUCGAUUAGCAUUUUGACUAAUGAGGAAAACUUGAAAAUUCCUUUAUAUGCGAAACCGGACACCCACCUGGAGGAAACAAGCACUAAUGAAUCAGGCUCACGAACGAGUAAGCUUAGCAAGACAAAGACGAAUUAUUGUCUGAAAGAUAGAAUUGAAAGUAUCUGCGAUACUUUAGAAAAAAUCACGGCGCAUCAGGAUCAGAUUUCUACACAGGACGGAGUAAGCUUCAAGUUCAAAUUUACUACACGCCGUCAACUGGAAGGUUUCGACUUCAUAGACAUCGCUACAGACGAAGGCCAACUGCGGCCACGAGUCGCAUUCCUACAAACACCCGGCAGAGGUUGGGUUGACCUGUUGAGAGAAAUAAAUGCUAUCACAUUGUUUGGGAUUGGAUUUGGAGACUUAAUACGUCCGGCUCAAAACAGGGCAAUCGGGUGUGACGCUUGUUUUGCUAAUGUUCCAAUUCCUAAAGGAAGGGAUUUUCUCGCUGUCUGCGUUUUGGAGUGGCAGAAUAUUCUAGAUAAAUGGGGACGCGAAAACGAAAGCCCUUUGAGGUCGGUUGGUAGCAUCUACUGGCAUGCCCCAGACAAGACCUUCGAGCCAUGUAACUGCGCCAUAGUCCCCGCAAGGAAGCCCAAACGUAUCCAAGAGCUACACCCACCUCCGACGCCCCCAUUGUCCCAAUUUUGGGACAGAAACUCUAAAAGUCUUUCUGGCUUAAACCUCGACUUAACACCACAGGGAGCUCUACUCUUUGGCCACAGCUGGAAGUACCUAUGGAGAUGGGUGGACUGGGGCGCGCACGGAGCGGAAAACGAUACUGGAAUAAAUACGGGUCCCGUCGGCGAAGGUAAUGACUCCUGCGACUCGUCCAACCCAGGCCUACCAGCCGAACGACGGCCCAAGUCCAGGGAUUUACUGGGGAUUGGAGAUAUAUUUCGCACCAGGGGGGUGGAUAUGAUGAUUAAUACGAAUGGUGCUGGUGAAGAACCAGGGGAAGCUCUGAAUAGGAGUCAUCUGCGAUCUUUCAUGAAUAAAUGGAGGGAAAAUCAAGAGUAGUCGGAAUCAGGCUAUCCACGACGUUAAAUCUAACCCACAAAGGCCCUGAUUAGCCGUAUUAUCCUAUACUUUUGGAUUCGCGUCUUGUUACCAACGCUUCCUUAUUUGCAUCGAGGUACUUUCCGAACUUGAACCAACACCCCCUUUAUAUAAAAUUUCAGCGGUGUAUCGAGCGAGCGACUCCCCGUGAAUUGACUCCUUCAUCUAGCUAUAAUUAUCGGCGUUCUUACAGCAUGAGUGCUGGUAAGGAGAAGCAAGGCUUUCUUUGAUCGUAGUAAGAGUUAUUUUUAAGCGGAAAAUAGAAUCAUAGAUACCCAGUAUAUAUAGUUUUAGCAACAGGAAGACAGUCGUAUUUAUUUGAUAUUUAAAAGAUUUUUUUCUUAUUCUUAUCGGCUGCCCUCUAGGUAUAAGAAAAGGGGUAAACAUCAUCGCCACUCAUCCGUCAUAAUAUCCGUCAUGAUCAUGCAACCCUCCUACGAGAAAUUGUUUCCAUAAGGAAUUCUAUAUGUCCGUCUAAUUUG